AUGUGUGGUGGUGCAAUCCUCGCCGAUUUCAUCCCUCGUAGUCGUAGCAACGCCGCCAGCCAUCUCUCCGCCGCCGACCUCUGGCCAGAUUCUCGUUUUGCCAAACCCAACAAUUCCAACUCCUGCAGCCAAAACGGCUCUCAGCCUCUCAAAAGAUCCCAAACUUAUACCGGUGAUAAGCAAGUGAAAACGGGUGGAAAUACAAAGCGGCAGAGGAAGAACCUGUACAGGGGAAUACGGCAGAGGCCAUGGGGGAAAUGGGCAGCCGAGAUCCGUGACCCGAGAAAAGGAGUUCGGGUUUGGCUGGGUACAUUCAACACAGCUGAAGAAGCAGCCCGGGCGUACGACAGAGAAGCCCGCAUAAUCAGAGGAAAAAAAGCUAAAGUCAAUUUCCCAAACGAAGGCGACGCGUACAAUCACAAUCACAAUCACAAUCCGACGUAUAGUAAUAAUAAUCACAAUUCGUAUAAUCCGUACUCGAUUGAGAAAGUACCCGGAUCGGCGUGGGGUUGGGGAUUGGAAAAUGCGUAUUGUUUUGAUCAGGAUAUGAAGGGUUUUUUUAAAGUGGAGGAGGAGGUGAAUGAAAAUGGUAGUGCUGACAAAGGAACUGAAAUCGAGGAGGUGGUGGCGGCGGCGGAGGAGGAGGAAGCGGCGAAGGAGGAUGAAGUGCAGAAGCUGUCGGAGGAGUUGAUGGCUUAUGAGAACUUCAUGAAGUUCUAUCAGAUUCCCUAUCUCGAUGGUCAGUCUGUGGAAGCGUCGGCGACGAAUCCGGCGCAUGAAGCUGCAUUGGAUCUCUGGAGCUUUGAUGAUGUCACUCCGGCUGUGACCUCAAGUGGUCUCUAA